CUUUCAGUAUACUUGAAAACAUUAAAAAGUGUAUUGUAUUUAACAUAUGCCCUAUAACCAAUCGUACAUACAUAUCGAUUGUAAUAUAAAUUAGUGAAAAAAGAUAGUUUUUGACGUUUCUUUUACGGUAAAGACAAAAGUAUCAAUUUGCGAUGUUGCUUGCGGAAUUAAUCGGGAUUUUCAUUAUUACUCUGAGUGUUGUGUAUAUAUAUUAUAAAUAUGUGCUGUUCAAUUAUUGGCGCAAAAAGGGUGUUUUUUAUAUUAAACCCACAGUGCCAGCUGGUAAUUUGACAGCUUAUGUAAUUGGAAAACUAUCAGUAGGCGAACUCUUUCGUGAUGCUUAUAUGAAAUAUAAAGAUCAUCGUGUUUUUGGGAUGUAUACAUUUUUCAAGCCAAAUCUUGUGAUUGCCGAUCUCGAUCUUAUUCGAGUAGUGUUAGCCAAAGAAUUUGGAAGUUUUCAUGAUCGUGGGAUGUUUUGCAACGAGAAGGUUGAUCCAUUGUCUGGUCAUCUGUUUUUAUUGCCUGGGAAAAAGUGGCGAAAUUUGCGUGUCAAGUUGACGCCCACUUUUACUUCAGGGAAAAUAAAGCAGAUGUUUACGAUUUUGAAAGAAUGCGGUGAAGAGUUUGCGAAAAGUUUAGAGAGUAAAGCUCAGAUGAGAGAUUGCAUCGAGAUAAAAGACAUGUUUGCAAGAUAUUCAACAGAUAUUAUUAUGUCAACGGCCUUUGGAAUCAAGUCUAAUUGCAUGGAAGAGCCAAAUAACGAAUUUCGGCAUUGGGGAAAAAAAGUUUUUGAAGAAAAACCCUUUUGGAACGCUUUGUUAAUGUUUGCACCGCAAAUUAUGGAUUUCUUUUCUAUUCCUUUUACGGAUCGAGGUGUUACCAAAUUUUUUACAAAAAUGUUUCGAGAUAAUGUGGAAUAUAGGCAAACUCACAAUGUCGUCAGGCAUGAUUUUAUGAAUUUACUCAUACAACUCAUGGAGAAGGGUUAUAUCGAAGCCGACGAUGACAAAGAUGUUAAUGAUAUAUCUUCAACUGUGAAUAAACUUACCAUGUUGGAAGCGGCUGCGCAAGCUUAUGUCUUCUUCUUGGCUGGCUUUGAAACUUCCUCGACAACGGCGACAUACUGUCUAUAUGAAUUAGCUCAACAUCAAGACAUACAGGAUAAAAUUCGUCAGGAAAUUGACGAAAUGUUAAAACAGCAUGGUGGAUUGACUUAUAAUGCUGUGAACGAAAUGACAUAUCUUCAUAAAGUAGUAAAUGAGACUAUGAGGAAAUAUCCACCUGUACCUGUCUUAAAUCGCGUCUGCACCAAGAAAUUAGACCUUCCAACAACAAAUAUUCAUGUGCCAGAAGGGACUUUAAUUACUAUACCGGUAUUCGGAUUGCAUCGGGAUUCGUCAAUAUAUCCAGAUCCGGAUAAAUUUGAUCCUGAACGAUUCAACGCGGAUAACGUUGCAGCUAGACAUCCCUACGCUUACUUGCCAUUUGGGGAAGGACCACGAGUUUGUAUUGGUACCAGGUUUGGUUAUAUGCAAACGAAGAUUGGGUUAGUAAGUCUUCUGUUGAAAUAUAAGUUUAAACUUCAUCCUCGAACUCCGGUUCCGCUUACUUUCGAUGAAGCUCCUAUUGUACUCACAGUCAAAGGCGGUGUUCAUCUUAUCAUUGAGCCGCGAUAAAGUAAUCGCAUAUUUUUCAAAUAAUCUCAUAUUUAUACGUUAUUGAGCUAAAAUGAAAUUUCUGCUUCAGUCAGAAAGUUUUUUGUUGAAAGUGUAAACCUGCUUACUUUUUGUUGUUUAUAUGUUUUACUAUUAUCAAAUUACGGAUAUUUAAUAUUUACAGUUAA